GCUUAGUUGGGAUUUUGAUAGACUUUCAGGUCAAAAACUGAUUUUUACAACUUCUAGAAAGUUCCUCAGAUCUUUCUUAUUAUCCAAGUACUUUUGAAAAAUAAUAUGAUAUUUGUAAUCAGUACACAUAGCGCUAUCAAACUAGAAAGACUUCUGAUGGAACAGAGAAAAAUAAAUUUUUUUCGAUACCUGAGGGGGACUCCAGGGUCAAAAAGUUGACUUGUGAUAAAAUACAAAAUAAACUUGUGAAAAAUAAUCAGGGCUCAAUGCUGAUUAUUGGGGUAAUAAAAUUAGGCUUAUCUGGUUUGGUACGAUCAGUCCGUAAUUUGACACACCUCCUUUAUCCAAAUGAUACAGUUAAUCGUUAUCUUGAUUAUCCGUUAAAUCAUUUAAUAUGUGCAUGUAAAUAAAUGUCUUCGAUAAGAUUAAAUAUAGAAAAGAAAGAAAAACAUUCAUCCCCCGAUCGAUAGAAAUAUUCGUUUAUGUGUUAAACAAAUAUCGUUAAACAAUCACACAUUCAACCACUAUUUAUUUAUCGUAUUCGUAUCUUCUUAUCAAAACGAUUGUAUCGAUAAUAAAUAUCGAUUGAAACUCAAAUAUUAAACUUAAUCGUAUUAUUUUGAAUUGUUAUUAUCAUGUCAACAACAAAUAACAAUAAAAACGAUAAUAACGAAGAUGAUUACAGUAAAUAUUAUUCUAUAAAUCAAGUAAUGAAGUAAAAUCAUAUAUUUUGCUAGGUGGUGACGAUCUUGAAGAAGUACUCAAGACUACAUUAACUCCAGAACAAUGAUUACGGUUUAAGAUCGAAGAUCGAGAUGUUUUUGUAAGUUUAAAUAUAUUUAGAAAUUUUUCCUAAAAUUAUUUAUUCAUUCUAGAAUCCAUUUGAAGGUGAUGAUCAAACUAGUGAAGAAACAGAUAUUGAUGAAAAAGAAAGUAAAGAAGGAGAUGAAAAAGGUUACGGUGAUCAAGAGGCUGGUCAUGAAGAUCGUGAAGAGGAUGAUGAAGGAGGUCAAAAUGAUCAAGAAGCUGAUCACGUAUUGAUAUCAUCAACAUAUCUUGAAUGUCUGUGUAGAGAACUUCAGCAUCCACACUCACAUCUACACCCUAAAAUAAAUGGUUGGGUAUUAUUACUUAUUACAAAAGAAUAUUUACUUCAUGAUAUGAAUGUUGAUUUAAGACCAUCAAUUAUAAUACUAAAUGAAAUAUUUAAAUUACGUGUACUUGGGCAAACAUGUUCUUAA